AUGCUGCUGUGGGCCAACAGGAGAGGGAAGGCUGGGUGGGGGCAGAACAGAAGGGAGAGGACAGCAGGGCGCACACUCGCCCAACACCUGCACCUGGUCCCUUGAUUCACACUCCAACAACUCCCUUUCAAGGAUCAAUGGACCAAGCUCUUGCUCGCAUCACGGUGAUGGUUGCUGCCAUCCAGGCUUAAACUUUUUUUGGAAAGAGUGGAACAAGCUUUCAGGGAUCAGCUGUCUUUUUUUUUUUUUUUUUCUUCUUUUUUUUUUGUAAUGUUGAAUGGAAGAAACGCCGUCGGUUAACAGCGACUGAUUAGGCAGCUUUUUUCCCUGUCUUUCCCAAGGGGAAUUUGCAAACCUAUCGGAUUGUUUUAUGCCUGCGCAGCGCGGCUGAGAGGAGAUUUUCCAGCCCAGCUCCGAGGCACAAAACGCGGGGAAUGCAGCGGUAACAUCCCGCAACUUUUUGGAUCUCAGAUCUCGUCGCGGUUAUCGAGAAAGUCAGCAAGCAAAAGAUUUAGAUCUCUGGGGGCUACCUGCAUGACCGUUACCAUGACAGCAUCUGGAGCCCAACUCCUCCUGUUGGCCUUAUGUGUUUACAGAGUCUCAGGCCUGCAGCAGUCUUCUCCGCGGGUUCGCCUCUCCUUCAAAGAACUGAUGGACACGAGGGCAGCGCGGCCCUUCAGUUUCUCCUUCAACACCAGCGACUACCGCAUCCUCCUGAUGGAUCAGGAUCAGGGCCGUCUGUACCUGGGUAGCCGGGAGUACCUGGUGGCUCUGGACAUGCACAAUGUCAACAAGGAGCCACUCAUAAUUCACUGGCCAGCAUCUGCUAAGAGAAAGGGAGAAUGUCAGAUGACAGGAAAGGGAAGACAGGGUGAAUGUGCCAACUUUGUGCGGUUGAUAGAGCCGUGGAACCGCACCCACCUCUACACCUGUGGAACGGGGGCGUACCAGCCUAUCUGCACAUUCAUCAACAGAGGCUGGAGGGCAGAGGACUACCUGUUUAGGCUGGUCCCUGGGUAUGCGGAUUCAGGGAAGGGAAAGUGUUCCUAUGAUCCCAAACAGGAGAGCAUUGCAGUUCUGAUCAAUGGUAACCUAUAUGCAGGGGUCCAUAUUGACUUCAUGAGUACAGAUGCUACUCUGUUCAGGACCAUGGGAGGGAGAACAGCAAUCAGGACGGAGCAGUAUGACUCCAGAUGGCUCAACGAGCCAGUGUUUGUUCAGAUCCAGCAGAUCCCUGACAGUGCAGAAAGGAACGACGACAAGCUGUACUUCUUUUUUCGUGAGAAGAGUCUAGACUCGAGCGGCGGGGCGAGCCCCAGCGUUUUAGCCAGGGUUGGAAGAGUGUGUCUGAAUGAUGAAGGAGGCCAGAAGUCCCUGGUGAACCGCUGGACGACAUUCCUGAAGGCCCGCCUUAUCUGUUCAGUGAUAGGAGAAGAUGGAGUGGAGACACGUUUCGAUGAACUACGGGAUGUGUUCAUUCAGCCCACACAGGAUGAACGAAACCCCAUGGUGUACGCUCUCUUCACUACAGCGGGCUCUGUGUUCAAGGGCUCAGCCGUCUGCGUGUACUCAAUGGCUGAUAUCCGCAAUGUCUUCAAUGGACCGUUUGCCCACAAACAUGGCCAUAACUACCAAUGGACAGAGUACACUGGCAAGAUUCCCUACCCACGGCCUGGAACAUGUCCAGGAGGAACCUUCACUCCUGGUAUCCGUUCCUCCAAGAACUUUUCAGAUGAGGCUGUGAAUUUCAUCCGAGCUCAUCCCCUCAUGAUCCAUCCAGUUUACCCAAUCCACCGCCGCCCCCUGGUGGUGAGAACCGGCGUGGACUACCGAUUCACUGCCAUGGUGGUGGAUCAGGUGGAUGCUGUGGAUGGACGCUACGAGGUGCUCUUCCUGGGGACAGAUCGAGGAACUGUCCAAAAGGUCAUCGUUUUGCCGAAGGACCCGACCAGCAUGGAGGAACUGACACUAGAGGAAGUGGAGGUUUUCCGGUCCAGAGCUCCAGUCAAAACAAUGAAGAUAUCCUCUAAAAGACAACAGCUGUACGUGUCAUCAGACGCAGGGCUGACCCAGGUGUCUCUGCACCGCUGUGGCGUGUACGGCAGGGCCUGCUCAGACUGCUGUCUGGCUCGAGACCCCUACUGUGCCUGGGAUGGAGAGAGCUGCUCUGCCUUCACCCCGUCCACCAAGAGGAGGAGCAGAAGACAGGAUGUUAAACAUGGUGACCCACUGAGGCAGUGCAGGGGCUUCAAUGCCAAAGUGGAGAAACGUCUGAGAGAAACCGUGCAGUUCGGGGUGGAGGGCAGCAGUACCUUCUUGGAGUGUCAGCCUCGCUCUCCUCAGGCCACCGUCAAGUGGCUUUUCCAGCGGGAAGGAAGGAGGAAAGUGACUCCUGCUGUUUCAUUCCCUUUUCUGCAGCUCAACCGUGUGGGAGGGAUUCUGAAGACCAAUCAUGGUAUCCUCCUGAAGUCUCUCAACCAAUCAGACGCGGGGCUCUACCACUGCCUCGCCACCGAGAACAACUUUAAGCACACAGUGGCCCGCGUGGCGCUGCGCAUCCUGGAUCGAGACAUCGUUUUAGCGCUCACAGCUCAAGAUGAGGAUGAAGAGCCCAAAACCCGCCAAGCUGGACCUUACACGCAGUCAUCUCUCGUCUCCACACCCUUCCCACCUGAGAUUAGACUGAUUAACCAGUACUGCCAGUCCUACUGGGAACAACUCAGUCCCAAACAGCAACAGCAGCAGCAGCAGCAGCAGCGCAAGCGCACCAGCCGCAGGCACACAGAGGGCCAGGACCAAGGCCUCGGCUAGAGGACAGGACAGACACUGUCCAACACUGGCCUGUGUGGACUUUUAGGGUGGACUUUUAUGUUUUGACAUGCAUCUUUGUGUGUCGCCUCCAUUCAUUAGGCAGGUGAUGCUGUCAUGCUGUUGUUAAAGUACUAUAUUUGUGGUUUUGCAAGUGUCAGUCUCGAGAAUACAAAUUGUGUGUAUUUCACAUUAUCUGUCACCACUUCCCAAAGAAUACCGUACAGUUUAAAUCAACUUGUUCAAGACUGAUCACCUAUCGUAGGGGUUCGUUGGUAUGUUCAGGUGCUUGUGGGAAACCCCAGCAUCGGUGACUUGAGAAUCACUCUGGAAGGUCAACAUUUUUAGUGCAAGAAACAAAAAAACAAAAAAAAAGAUGUAAUUUUUCACAACAUCCAUGUUUGCUUAUUAUGUGUCUUUUAGAUUUCAUUUUCCAACAACACAACUAGUGAGAGCACAGAUUUUCGGCUGCAGAUUUAUUUAUCAUCAUACUGUAUAUUUAACACAAGUUUGUUGUUGUUUAGGAAACUGGUAAACUGAUGUAUAUGCAGCGUGUAGUUAACAGGCUUCAACAUGCAGAACCACAGGUAUGUUACCGUCAAGUAUCUUGAAACAGAAAUGUAAUAUAUUGAUUGUGAAUAUAAUAUAUAUGGUCAUUGGAUUACUCUUGUAUGAAAAUAAUAUGAUGAUAUAAAUGCAUAUGUUGCAUGCAUCAUAUGUUGUUUGUUGCAAGUUGUACAUUUUACUCAGUGUGUAAUGAUGUUUGUACGGUGUAAUGUUUUCUGUUAAGCUAAUUCCAUUGGAUGUUGUCAUAUAAUGACUCCCUUACUGUCCUGUGCUCUAGUGACCUACAGUAUGUGAGUGUUGAAGAUAUGCAUAGCAUACAGUGUUCUUCCAGUUAUGCACUUUGUCGGUGGUGGUAUUCGAGGGAAUUUGGGAUCUUUGCACAGAUGUAUGAGAAAAUAUAACAGGAACAUAAUCUUUUUUUUAAUGUACAGUAUGUUAUUAUAAAAAUGGGAAUGGAACUGGCCCAGAUUUAGUAUUGAUAGUUGGCGUUUUGUCGUAUGCUGUAUUCACAGAUUUUUAAAAAGGCUCUUUAUAGUGGAAGUGUAAGGAACCCGAUUUGUUUUCCAGUCAGAGCCACCAUUCACCAUCAUUGUGAGUGACACAGUGCCAUGUGCUGCCAUGCUGAUGAAUCCUACACUGGAAAUGUUCAAUCAUAUAAUAUAUAAACAUUUCAGAAUUCUCUUAAACUUUUUUUUUGA